AUAUGGUCGCGUUGCUACAAAAUUAAAAAACUAACCUCCAACAACGCGCAUUGCACGUGUCUCUUCUUUGUUUGUGCAUUUAUCGUGGUAAUUUACAUACAGUGCCCUAAAUUAGGGCACUAGAUUGUUUGUGUGACUCUUCAAAGAGGUCACGAAUAUUAUUUGCGUUGAAUAAUCGCGAAUAAACCGCUAUGACGGACGUGCUACCACCCGGCGGGGAAGUCUUCUCCGAGAAGAAAAAGAAGAAAAAUAAGGAAGGAGUGUCGCUGGGAGCCUACCAGAAGCUUGGGGACUUCAAGAUCGAGCCAUCGGAGAGCGUGAGCAAGCUAGACACUGCGUAUUGGCCGCUGUUACUGAAGAAUUUCGACCGACUCAAUGUGCGCACUAACCAUUACACGCCUCUGCCUUUUGGCCAUUCGCCUCUGAAGCGGCCCAUCACCGAUUACAUCAAGUCUGGAUUCAUCAACGUGGACAAGCCGAGCAACCCGAGCUCCCACGAAGUCGUGUCAUGGAUAAAACGUAUUCUGAAAGUGGAAAAAACCGGGCAUUCGGGCACGCUCGAUCCGAAAGUGACAGGUUGUCUGAUCGUGUGCAUCGACAGGGCGACGAGACUCGUAAAAUCCCAGCAAAACGCCGGAAAAGAGUAUGUUGCUGUCUUCAGCUUGCAUUCUGCUGUGGAAAGUAUAAAAAAAGUCACACAAGGACUGGAGAAACUCCGUGGCGCGCUGUUCCAACGGCCUCCACUAAUAUCGGCUGUGAAGAGACAGCUGCGAGUCCGGUCUGUGUACGAUAGCAAACUACUGGACUUCGAUCAGGAACGUAACAUCGGUGUGUUCUGGGUGAGCUGUGAGGCUGGUUCGUACAUCCGUACCAUGUGUGUGCAUCUGGGCCUGAUGCUGGGCGUUGGGGGCCAGAUGAUCGAGCUUCGUCGAGUACGCUCCGGCAUCCAAGGCGAGAAGGAAGGUAUGGUGACGAUGCAUGAUAUUUUAGAUGCGCAAUGGGCGUAUGAAAAUCACAAAGAUGAGACGUACAUUAGGAGAGUUAUAAAGCCACUGGAAGGCUUGUUAAUUGCACACAAAAGAAUUUUCAUCAAGGACAGUGCGGUGAACGCUGUGUGUUACGGAGCGAAGGUGCUGCUGCCUGGUGUACUGAGGUACGAAGACGGUAUAGAAAUAGAUCAAGAAAUUGUAAUCGUCACCACCAAAGGCGAGGCUGUGGCUCUGGCGAUUGCGCUUAUGACCACAUCAACGAUGGCUUCGUGCGAUCACGGCGUCGCAGCGAAAUUGAAGAGAGUCAUCAUGGAGCGUGACACAUAUCCCAGAAAGUGGGGCUUGGGACCCAAAGCAUCCCAGAAGAAGCAGCUUAUUUCGCAGGGAAAACUUGAUAAAUAUGGAAAGCCUAACGAAAACACGCCAUCGGAGUGGCUAAACAGUUAUGUCGACUACAAGCCCCCCAAGAGCAAGAGUGAAAACGCUGAAAACGGUGACGCAGAAGAAGAAACUACGAGGAAAAGGACAGCGAGCACUGCUAAUGCUGACGACCCCAACAAUUCGACUGAGCUGAAGUCAGAGAAAAAGAAAAAAAAGAAAAAACGCGACCAAGAGGAAGCCGCAGACGGUGAUGCGACCAUGGACGGCACGACAGAAGACGCCGAUGACUCUGCACGUAAAGAAAAGAAAAAAAAGAAGAAGAAAGACAGGGAACAAGAGAGACAGGACGAAUGAAAACUUGAGUUAGUUAUGUAAGUAUAUUGUUUUGACGUUUUAUAAUGUGAUGGAGACAAUCAGUAAAUCAGUUUGCACGAGAAGUUUUAUUUUACUUAAGAAGAUGUUCUUAUAAUAACAAUUUUUAUCCUUAACUAGCAUUUUCACUAGACUAGAUUAUAGGGAAUAUCGUGUUAUCUCUAGAAAACAUUCUGUUGGUAGAUGCCAAAUAUAUAAUUGUUUUAGAGCUAGACUAUUUAGAGACAACCAUAAAGAAGUGACUAACUCAAAGAUUGAAAUGUAACGUAACAUGUUAUUUUAAGUGCCUAUUGAAACUAUAUUGUAAAAUUGAGUGCUAAAACAUAACAACAAUCCAUAUGCGCGUAAGCUUUAUAUAAAACAUAUUGAAUUAUAGCAUUUUUCUCAUAUAAAAUUACAUUAUAUUAGCAAAGAUACAUCUCCUAUUUUUAUAGUGAUAUGUUUUGUUGAAAUUCUAAGGUCUGUAUUGUGAAAUUACACUAUAAACUCACAGAUUGAAGUCUAGUAUUGGUUUUUUUCAAUGAAUGCUUGAAUUAGUUUAGUAGAUUCAUACUUAGGUAUCAUUUUAUAAUACAGACCUUAGGUAUAAUAAAUGAUGAAUGCAUAUUUUAUAGGUGUGCUAGUUAAGCUACAAUUUCCUUUGUAAAUACGGGUUCGAUUCGUUUACUAAUCCCAUUCUCAUAAGUUGACACUAAUUCACAAUUCAGCGCAAUGCCACUGAAUAAUAUUCAUUAUAAAAACUCCAGAAAAACUGAUUUUAAAAAUCUAGCAAAUGAAUUAUUUUUGAAAUUGGGGUUCUUCAGACCGUUUUUUGUAUAAAACGCACGUUUUUUAAGUCAGUCGCAUGUUUUUAAUGAAAUUGUGUUCCAAAAAACACCUUUCUGAAACAGUCCCUAAGAAAAACCUAGAUUUAAGUAAUACAUUGUUACUUAAAAUUAUAACUUGCAUAUUUUCAUGCACCGCUUUGAAUUGUAAAUAAGUGAAAUAUUAUUAGUUUAAGUUAGUUCUAAGUUAAGUUGUUACUAGCCAUGAGGGCUUGGUACGAUAAAUGUUGAUCAGAAGGCUUGCAGGACGGAUUGCCAUAUCUUAGUUCGGUGAUUUUCAUUUGUACUGUGUAAGACGUGUUGCAAUCAACAUUAAAUUGAAAUAAGGA